GAUGUGGUGAGGCUAGCUGAUGUUUACGUUUGCCAUACUCGUGUCUUAUAUUGUCAGAACAUCUUUAUUGUACCGGUUACAAGUUUAACAAUGGAAUGUGGAUGCCAGUAAGAAGUAACGGGGGAAAACUUAGCAUGAGCAGUAGCUCUUGCUAAGCAGUUAACGCUAUCAAGGAACUUUGUCUCAACUGUCAGAUAUUUCUGUGAAGUAGGGAUAGAGGAACAUGGCUAAAUCCUCUGUGGAUUACACCAUUGGAGGGGUGAAGAUCCACUUCCCCUGCAAGGCUUACCCAUCUCAGCUGGCGAUGAUGAAUUCAAUCGUACGUGGGCUGAACUAUGGGCAGCACUGUUUGCUUGAGAGUCCCACUGGAAGUGGAAAGAGCUUGGCCUUGCUUUGCUCUGCUCUGGGCUGGCAGCAGGCUCAGUAUGCUAAACUACAAGGAGGAGGGGGCGUUGUGGAGGACAAGAGCGAAAUUGAUAAAAACAGUGGAGACUUUAAAAAGUCAAAUGACACUACCCCCUGCCAGUGUGUGUGCCACAGCAAAGCCAGCAAGACCACAGCUUCAACCGCAGCCAAACCUGAUGUUGUGGACCUAACUUCGUCACCUCCAGCACCUCAACAUGCACCUUUAGCGGAGGAGUCAAAGCCCAAGAAACUGUCUAUAGCCUCUCGCCUGUCUGAGAAGUUUCAGUCUUCCCUGAGCUCUGACCGUGAGAAGGACAACGACUUCCAGCCAGAUAGGAAACGCAUUCGCACUGCCGAACACAAGAGCCGUAAAAGGCAGCGUCUGGAGCAGGGAGUGAUAUUCAUAGAUGAUGAGCCGGAGCUGGAAAACGAACCUCCAUGUCCUCAGAGUUUAAACACCAACUCAGCUCACAGCCAAGUGGCUGGUUUGUCGUCAUGCUGCUCCUCUGAGCCCUGCUCUCGGUGCCCGUGUGCUUCAACCAAAGAUGAUGUGAAAGACAAAGGCAAAGAUGGCAGAAAGAAGAUUCCUAAGAUCUUCUUUGGCACUCGCACACAUAAACAGAUAACUCAGAUCGCUCACGAGCUGAAGCGCACCGUCUACUCCUGCGUGCCUAUGACCAUUUUAUCCAGUAGAGUUCACACCUGUGUCCACCCAGAGGUGGCGCCUCACUCCAACCGCAAUGAACGCUGCAAGGAUCUGCUGGAUGCCAAAGAUGGAAAGUCAUGCCACUACUACCACGGAGUCCAGAGGAUGCGUGACCAGAGCACAGUGCAGCAGAUCCAUGGACUCCACGCAGGCUGGGACAUUGAGGACCUUGUGGCACUGGGCAAACGGCUCAGGUCAUGCCCCUACUUUGCUGCCCGUGAACUCAUGCAGGAGGCCUCCAUCGUCUUCUGCCCAUAUAACUACCUGCUGGACCCAAUGAUCAGAGAGAGUAUGGAGAUCAACCUGGCAGGCCAGAUUGUGGUGCUGGACGAGGCCCACAACAUUGAAGACUGUGCUCGGGAGAGUGCCAGCUUCACUUUAGACCACAGCAGUCUGCUGAUGUCCAGAGACGAGCUGGAUGGCAUGGUCAAUAGCAACAUCAGACGCUCCAAACACGAGCCGCUCAGGGACUUCUGCUACAGCCUGAUCAACUGGAUUGAGGAGAGCCAAAGCUUGAUGUCUGAGCGGGGAUAUGAGAGUGCCUGUAAAGUCUGGAAUGGGAAGGAAAUAGUGGGCAUCUUUCACAACCUGGGCAUCACUGCGAGCACCUUUAACUUUCUGAAGCAAAACCUAGCAGCAGUGUUGGAGAAAGAGGAGUCUGUUGGUUUUGUCAAUGGUAAAGAGGAUACAGUUCAAGUUCCAAUCAUCAGCUCAGCUACCUCCACUUUCCUCAAAAACCUCUUCAUGGUGCUGGGCUUCAUCUAUUCCUCUGAGGACAUCUUCAGGUUUGCUGAGGAUUACCGUGUUGCUCUGCAGAGGACCUAUGCUUGGACAAACCAGGCACCACCUGAUGUCCCUGAUGCCCAGGGCUUCUUUGUUCGGCGACACAAACAACGCCAAAGCAUCAGAGUCAAGACACAAGUACUGACACUCAGCUUCUGGUGCCUCAACCCUGCUGUGGCUUUCUCUGACAUGAGUCGCUCGGUCCACAGCAUUGUGCUGACAUCAGGAACCCUGUCACCCAUGGCCUCCUUCUCCUCUGAACUUGGGGUGAAAUUCUCCAUCCAGCUGGAGGCCAACCAUGUUAUCAACAAGUCCCAGGUUUGGGUGGGCACAGUCGGAGCAGGACCCCAAGGCAGAAAACUGUGUGCUACCUUCCAGCAUACUGAGACAUAUGCCUUCCAGGAUGAGGUGGGUUUGCUACUGCUCCAUGUCUGCCAGGUCGUGGCCAAGGGGGUGCUCUGCUUUCUGCCUUCUUACAAGAUGCUGGACAAGCUGCGUGACCGCUGGAUCAACACUGGUCUCUGGGAGAAGCUGGAACAACAGAAAACUGUGAUCACAGAGCCCCGCGGCGGUGGCAAGGGGGAUUUUGACGAACUGCUUCAGAUGUAUUACGAUGCCAUUAAAUACUGUGAGGAAAGAGAUGGGGCAUUGCUGAUCGCUGUGUGUCGGGGUAAAGUGAGUGAAGGACUAGACUUCACUGAUGACAAUGCCAGGGCUGUGGUCACUAUUGGAAUUCCCUUCCCAAACAUCAAAGACCUCCAGGUGGAACUGAAGAUGAAGUACAAUGACCAGCACUGCAAGUCCAGAGGUCUUCUCCCAGGCAAUCGCUGGUAUGAGAUUCAGGCGUACAGAGCUCUGAACCAGGCUCUGGGAAGGUGUAUCCGCCACAAGAAUGACUGGGGCGCCCUAAUUCUAGUGGAUGACCGUUACAGGAAUAAUCCCAAUAAGUACAUCACAGGUCUGUCCAAAUGGGUCCGCCAGCUUGUCCAGCAUCAUGACACUUUCAGCAAUGCCAUGCAGUCUCUGGUAGCCUUCUCUCAGGUGCAGCAGAAGGUUGAGGUGGCUCCUGCAGACAGUCAGGCCCUCAGCUCCAGUGUCUCACCUCCAAACAGUCACUCAUUAGGUCUGCUUGAGGCCUCAGAACCUCAGACAGCCCACACAUGUGUCAAACCGGCUGAAUCCCAGCAGGACACCAGCCCCUCAACCGUCCAGUUUCUUUCACAAACAAAGUUGAAAGCUGGACAAAAUGCAAACACAGAGUGGUUGAAUACGACGGACAGUCCCUCAGCACAGCCAAUAUGGAAUCAAAACAGAACAGCUCAGCCACUGCACCACAUUUUCCCCUCCAGCCCCAUCAACACAUGCUUCAGGACACCAGUCUUUAAAGAAAAGGGACCCAGUAAUUCUGUCCAGUCUGUGGAAACAUGCAGUCAUUUGGAGCCUGAGGAGAACCAGCACAUCUCCCCUCCACAACAGCAGACUGAGGCAGCUUGUCUCAAACAAAUUCCUGGAGACACUUCCAGUGAGAUCACAGAGAAAACACACAAUUCGGCUCUGAAACCGUCUCCAGUGAAAACCCCUCCCAGCUGUGACAGUGACCUGCUCUCAGCAGACAAUACAGAUGAAGAUGAAGAGGAGGAGGACCAAACUGUCUUCUUCACUCCAGAACUUUUUGAGGAUGAAGGCAGCGAAGGCAGCCCACAGAAAGACACAAAGACCCAGUCCUCCAAGAUGGUUUUAGAGGCAGGGAACCCUGCCCUGCUGUCAGAAGGACAUACUGGCUGUGAGCAGGCCCAAGGGCAAGGCCAAGCUUCUGUUCCUGAUGGACAGGAUGCUAUUUCAGUCAGCAAGGAGAGUGCAGAGCUGUCACACAGACUGCAGGAGGAACUCGGAGCACAGAGGCAGGGGGAGGAGGAAGAGGAGGGAGAGCAGGAAGAGAACCAGAGCAGACAGACGGGCAGCAGGCUUCGCAGGCUGUCUAGGUCCAGGUACAAAGCUCUGUCCACUCCAGCAGGUAACUAACAUCCUGGACACAGAAAUAUUAUGAACAAAGCAGAAUGUCUUCUAUGCAAAUAAACUACUAAUAACCUGUUCAGUGCUCAUUAGCUUCGCAGCAGAUCCAUAUUGAAACACUAGGCAAUCAAGUUUAUAUCUUCAUACAGACAGCUCCACCAUUACCACAGUAUAUAUUUAAAUAUGUUCAUCAAAAUCAAACAU